AAAGAUUCACCUUAGCUUCACUUCUCCUCACCUCAAAAUCCAUCCCUAAACUAACUAUGAUCUAUACCUUCUCAUUCUUCGUUUGGUCUGCGAAUCAUGGGUGUUUGCACUUAUGAGACAAAGAUAAUCACUACUAUCCCUCUAGCUAAGAUGUUCACGGCUUUUGUCCUUGAUGGAGACAAUCUCAUCCCUAAGGUUGUGCCUCAAGCUGUCAAGAGUGUUGAGAUCAUUGAAGGAGAUGGAGGGCCUGGAAGCAUCAAGAAGAUUACUUUUGGUGAAGUUCAGUCUAUUAUAACCUUGGUAAAUGCUAAUUAUUUUAGAUAUCAUCUAGACUCCAAGACUUUAAGCUUUUAGUAAAAGUAGGUUACACCCAUUUGGUGUUGUCUAUUAUAACCUUGGCAAACGCUAAUUAUUUUGGAUAUCAUCUAGACUUCAAGACUUUAAGCUUUUAGUAAAAGUAGGUUACACCCAUUUGGUGUUGUUCUUUAUUCCAUAUAUUGUUUAUCCACCUGCAAGUAGCCAAUUCAAGUAUGUGAAGCGUAAGGUAGAAGCUGUGGGCAAAGACAAUUUCAUUUACAGCUACUCAAUAAUAGAAGGUGAUGCUCUUA